AUGGUGUCUCCUCCGGUUUCUCUCGUCUUCUCCGUCAGAAACCGAUCGAAACCUACCACGGCGUCUCUCGUCUUCUCCUCACGGCGUCUCUCAUCUUCUCCUCACGACGUCUCCUCCUCCGAUGACUCUAUCAUGAAGUUAAAAAGUCAUGAGGAUACACUGAAAAGGGACCUUUGGCUUUUUAUGGACUCCUCCUGCCUCACACUCUUUGAGCUCUCGACUGAAGCUCCUCCUCCUAUAUCUUCGAGAAGCAACCACUACAAAAGACUGUCGGUGAGUCAACAAGAUCCAUUCCUUCCUGAACCCUGUCCUUAUGCGAGUUAUUCACAUGGUGGUCAGCUCAUAUCAUCACAACUCCCAGUGUUCAGUACUCAAUGUACUGAAACUUCCAGCUUCUGUGAAGACUCACCAACAGAGCACAGAGAAAGAAAGAAAUGGACAGUCACAGAUGAUCUGGUUCUCAUUAGCGCAUGGUUAAACACCAGCAAGGACCCUGUGGUGGUCAAUGAGCAGAAAGCAUGUGCUUUCUGGAAACGAAUUGCAGAUUACUAUGCAGAUAGUCCAAAGGUGGAAAGAGGUGCCAAGCGAGAGGCUAUUCAGUGUAAGCAAAUGUGGCAGAAGAUGAAAGAUCUUGUGUGCAAGUUUUGUGGCUCCUAUUCGGCUGCAACAAGACAGAAAACAAGUGGUCAGAAUGAGGCUGAUACUGUUAAGCCGACACACGAGAUCUUCUACAAUGAUCAUAAGAUUAAAUCUAAUCUUCACCAUGCUUGGGAGAAGCUGAAGAAUGACCAGAAAUGGUGUGAAGUUGCUAGUGCCAAGAUUGAUGGAAACGGAAAGAAGAGAAAGUGUGAUGAUGGAGCACAAUCAGAAAGCUCUCAAGCGACUUCCAAUCUCGGUGAUCAACCAACCAAGCGUCCUCCUGGUGUGAAGGCAGCGAAAGGAGCCUCUGGUAAGAGAAGCAUCGCAGAUCACCAGGCUGUCUCUGAGUUUCAGACCAUGUGGUCUAUUAAAGAAAAAGACUUGGCAAUGAAAGAGAGACUUUCGAAGAUGGGAUUGCUUGGCAGUCUCAUUUCUAAAAAAAGACCCACUAUCUGA